CUACGCAUGCGCUCUGGCACUGAACACGGAACACGGAACUAGGUGGUGUAAUUACUGGCAGUUCCUGGUACAGCAUAAUCUUGCUAGCUACCUAGCUAAAUACUGACCCAGCGUGGAGCCCGCCUUAUCAUGAUGUGCUGUCAGUACAUUCUGCUGCUUCUGCUGCUAGGUGUCUCAGGAGGAGUCACAGCGGUGGAAGUACAACGCCCUCGCGGUGUCCCUUUGUCAAAACGGCAGUUUUAUGAAGAAGGCAAACCUUUUACUUGCCUGGAUGGCUCCCGCAAUAUUCCCUUUGACAGAGUGAAUGAUGACUACUGUGACUGCCAAGAUGGCUCUGAUGAGCCAGGCACUGCUGCUUGUCCCAAUGGCAGCUUCCACUGCACUAAUGCAGGUUUCCGACCAGGCUUCAUCCCUUCCUCUCGCAUCAAUGAUGGAAUCUGUGACUGCUGUGACACAACUGAUGAGUACAACAGUGGUGCUGCCUGUCAGAACACGUGCAGGGACUUGGGGCGCAAAGAAAGAGAGAGCCUGCAGAAGAUGGCAGAGAUUGCAAAGGAGGGCUUUCUGCUUAAACAGCAACUUAUCCAGGAGGCCAAAAGGGGCCUAGAGGAUAAGAAGGCCAAAUAUGCAGAAGUUCAACUCAGUAAGAAUGAGUUUGAAAAGAGGGUGGAGGCUCUGAGAACUGUAAAAGAGACUGCAGAGCAGCCAGAGAAAGAGGCCAAAGAACGCCACCUGAAGGCCUGGGAAGAUCAAAAGGCUGUUAUUCAAAUGGAGAAGGACAAGGCUAGAAAGGCUGAGGUGUUUCUUGAGCUAGAUGAUGAUGCAGAUGGCUUUGUCUCAGUGACUGAGCUUCUGUCCCACUCUGAGCUUGACCCGGAUUCAGAUGGUUCAUUCACAGAAGCAGAGGCUCAGGGACUGUUGGGAGUACAGGACAAAGUGGACACUGUUGCAUUUGAGUCUGUUUGGAUUAACAUUAAAGAAAAAUACAUAUCAGAGGCCAACGCAGACAGCCCAGCACCAGUGGAGACUCCACCGGCGGAGAUAAGGGACAAUGAGUCUGAGCAGUACCCUGAAGAGGACAUCCCAGAUGACGAAGAUGAUGAUGAGGAAGAGGAUGAAGAUGAUGACCCAGAUGAUGGGGACUAUAAAAGCCCUCCUACGAUGCAGACCCAAGAAAAGAAGGAUGACGAAGAUGAGGGGACUAUGCCACCCUACGACCAAGAAACGCAGAACCUUAUUGAUGCUGCUCAGAAAGCCAGGGAUGCAUUUGAUGAGGCUGAGAGAGCGCUCCGGGAAGUUGAUGAUCAGAUCAAAAACCUUGAGAAGGAAAUCUCUUUUGACUUUGGACCCACUGCUGAGUUUGCCUACCUCUAUAGCCAGUGUUAUGAGUUGACUUCUAGCGAGUACAUCUACAGGCUCUGCCCGUUCAACAGAGUAUCCCAGAAACCCAAGUAUGGUGGAUCAGAAACUAACCUUGGUACAUGGGGACAAUGGGCAGGUCCAGAGGAUAACCCUUACUCUAUAAUGAAGUAUGAACACGGAACAGGGUGCUGGCAAGGCCCCAACAGGUCCACCACAAUUAAGUUAACGUGUGGAAAGGAGACAGUUUUGACAUCAACCUCAGAGCCCAGUCGCUGUGAAUACCUGAUGGAGUUUACCAGCCCUGCUGUCUGCCAGGAGCCCUCAAGCCUGGAUUCAGUGCUUCAUGGGCACGAAGAGCUCUAGAUCCUUUGGAUUUGUUGCUCUUGAGGGACCACAGUCACUGCAGCAACAUGAAGUUGCCAUGCUGUGAGCGGCACCACCUUGGCGUCAAUAAACAAUGGAAAUUCCAAUGAGUAGUUAUCUCGUCUACACAUCCGAUUUUCACUGCUACCUGUUAUUUCUCUGAUUUAUGUCAAAUGUAGUCAUUCCAUUGUUUUCAAAUAAAGUUCAUUUUAUCAUAUUCCAAAAA